AUGUUGGAUAAAAUAAUAUAUAACACUGUAUUAUGUCAAACAUUUUCGCCUUGUGGUAAAUAUUUAAUCGCCGGUAAUAUUUAUGGACAAAUUGCGGUAUUUGACCUUGACUGUAUUCUACAUCCAGUAAUAGAGUUACUUACUCCUGAUUAUAAUAGACCCAAGCAUUUGCAUCUACUGGGAAACGGGGCCCAGAUAUGUAGUUUAGCAAGUACUGAAAAUUUUUUAAUUGUUGGCACUGUCAAUGAAAUAUCUGGAUGGGAUUGGAAGUCUAUUGUCCACUCUAAAUUAAGUAAACCCGCUUGGGUUAUUAAAAUAACUUCACAAUCAAGCUUUGAACAAACUGAUGUUAAUAGCUUGUGGUAUGCUGAAGAGGAAAAUAAAAUAUAUGCUGCUUGUGGCGACAAUAAAGUAUAUGUAUACCACUUAGAAGAUGGAAAACUAGUAAAUACAUUUGAUGGUCAUAAAGAUUACAUACAUAGCAUACAUGGAAGAGCCCAACAAGUGAUCUCUGCUGGUGAAGAUGGAUUGGUUAUGUUAUGGGACACUAGGACUGGCAAAUCACAUAACAAAUUGGAACCACAUACCAAUGCUAAAGUUGCCCGACCUGAUAUUGGAAAAUGGAUUGGAUCUGCUAGCUUAGGAGAUGACUGGAUUGUUUGUGGCGGCGGUCCUCGAUUAUCGCUCUGGCAUCUACGGUCUCUCGAUGCUGUGACGGUCUUCGACAUCCCGGAUCAUGGCAUACACGUGUCAUUCUUUCAUGACGAUUGUGUGGUAGCGGGCGGGGCGGCUAAAUAUUUGUAUCAACUGAGUUACUCCGGCGAAGUUAAAGUAGAGUUACCGGUAUCUGCUACAACGGUUUAUUCAGCGAUACUGCGCACUAGUCCGAACAAUUUGUUGGCUAUCGCCGGAUCCAGCCCCGAAAUUGAUAUUUGUACAAGUUUCAAUUACAGAGACCAGGUUUUGCACUUUAGAUAA